AUGGUCGGGCCAUUGCGGAAGGCACCAGGAGGGUUCACCCACCUGCUUGUCGCAAUCGACAAGUUCACCAAAUGGAUAGAGGCAAAGCCGAUCACCACAAUCGAUUCCAAGGAGGCCGUCAAGUUCUUUCUGGACAUCGUCUACAGGUUCGGUGUGCCCAAUUUCAUCAUCACCGACAACGGAACCAUCUUCGCGGGCCAUUACUUCAAAGAAUUUGCGGAAGGAUAUGGGAGGAUCCGGAUCGACUGGGCAUCAGUCGGACACCCACGCACAAAUAGGCAAGUUGAGAUAGCUAACGGCCUAAUCCUCCAAGGGCUCAAACCACGAAUUUUUGACAUGCUCAAAAAAUUCGCGGGUCGUUGGGUGGAAGAACUGCCGGCAGUGCUCUGGAGCUUGCGAACCACACCUAACCGAUUGACGGGGUUAACACCUUUCUUCCUGACAUACGGCUCUAAGGCCGUGCUCCCUUCUGACCUGGACUACGGCGCCCCAAUAGUCAAAGCAUUCAACCCAGAAAUGGCAGCCUAA